UGUAGAGAGACGGACAGUGAGGGGCGAUGGCGGCCGGUGCGGGAUGCGCAGAGUCGGCGGAUCAGUACCGGGCCGAGGUGGAACGGUUGGCGCAGGAGCUGAGCGAAGCGAACCGGGAGAAGAUCCGGGCUGCGGAGUGCGGGCUGGUGGUCCUGGAGGAGAACCAGGCGCUGAAGCACAAGUGUGGCGAACUGGAGAGCGAGCAGGAGGCUCUGAGGACGGAGUUGGAACAAUUACAGGAGGCAUUCGGCCAAGCAUACAGCAACCAGCGGAAGGUGGCCGAGGACGGAGAAAGCAAUGAGGAGACGCUGCUGCAGGAGUCUGCCUCCAAGGAGGCGUACUACAUGACUCGUCUUUUGGAGCUGCAGACGGAGCUGACCGUGAGUCGCUCCGUGACUUCCAACACACAGUCAGAAAAUGAGAGGCUCAACGCAGUCAUGCUGGAGCUGCGAGAGAGUAAUGAGAUGCUGGAGCUCCAGAAGAGUAGGAUGAGGGAGGAGAUCAAGGAGUAUAAGUUCAGAGAAACCCGGCUGCUUCAGGAUUACACCGAGCUCGAGGAGGAGAACAUCACCUUGCAGACAUUGGUCUCGACGCUCAAACAGAGCCAGGUGGAGUAUGAGGGUCUCAAGCAUGAGAUUAAGGUGCUGGAGGAGGAGACGGUUCUGCUCAACAGCCAACUUGAAGACGCUUUGCGACUGAAAGAAAUCUCUGCGGGACAGCUGGAGGAGGCCCUGGAUGCCCUCAAGAUUGAGCGGGAGCAGAAGAACAAUCUGCGAAAAGAGUUGGCCCAUCAUCUAAGCCUGAGUGACAGCGUCUACGGGGCAGGUGCCCAUAUUGCCCUCACUGUCACCGGGGUCGAAGGCCUCAAGUUCCCAGAGGAGGUCAACGGAAGCGCCGGCGCUAACGGCAGCAACGGCAGCGUUAUCGCCGCUGUCAACGGCAACAAUGACGACGGUUGUCGACACAACGGACACCUUCACGCAGACGCCGUGUUGGCCCAAAUGAAUGGAGACUAUCGUAUGGGCAGAAAGAGCGAGGGUCUGCACCCGGUGCCGGACCUGUUUAGUGAGCUCAACCUCUCAGAGAUGCAGAAGCUCAAACAGCAACUCAUACAGGAAGAGCGUGAGAAAGCGGCACUGCUCUUGAACCUGCAGGAGUCGCAGACCCAGUUGCAACACACACAAGGCGCCCUAAGUGAGCAGAGUGAGCGCGUCCAUCGCCUCACGGCGCACAUCAAUGCCACGAAGCAUCUGAACGGUGGCCACGAGCUGGAUGACCCUCAAGAGAGUGAGAAACCUGCGGACGGCCUCCUGUCACCACAAGCCAAUGGUCGUCGCGACGUGGACAUACACGGGUUCGAGUUUCUGGAGUGUAAAUACAAGGUGGCUGUGACAGAGGUGAUCGACCUGAAAACAGAGCUGAAGGCCUUGAAGGAGAAAUACAGCCAGGCUGCGGAGGCGCAAACGGACGGUCACAGUGAUGACAGAGUACUCGCACUGGGCCAACAGGUAACCCAUUUGGAAAGCAGCUUACGGGAAGGCCGAGAGAGGUUGGCGAGCCUGGAGGCGGAGCUACGAGCGACCGCGAGCACUGCCGCAGAGAGCCAGGCCCUGCUGAACACAGCACAGGACGAGCUGGUGACCUUCAGCGAGGAGCUGGCUCAGCUCUACCACCAUGUGUGUCUGUGCAAUAAUGAGACACCCAACCGCAUCAUGCUCGACUAUUACCGCCAGAGUCGAGUCACGCGCAGCGGCAGCCUGAAAGGCUCUGAAGACCCGCGGGCUUUACUUUCACCUCGCCUGGCUCGACGCCUGGCUGCCGUUUCGGCGCUCUGCUCCUCUGAGGCUCAACGUAGUCCAAUGGACUCCCCGUCAAAGGAGAGCCAUGACAGUGACACGACCACCAACCCGGUGGACUCCCCAGCUCAACACGGUAGCCCCAACCGCAACCCCAUCAGCUCCCCCGUCAUCAGCAUGUCCCCUUGCUCGUCUCCAGUGCCCUCUGAGGCCGGGGGAGACCUACGGAAGGAGCCCAUGAACAUCUACAACUUGAAUGCCAUCAUCAGAGACCAGAUCAAGCACCUGCAGAGGGCUGUGGACCGCUCCCUGCAGCUGUCCAGGCAGAGGGCUGCAGCCAGAGAGCUAGCACCCAUGCUUGAUAAAGACAAGGAGUUGUGCAUGGAGGAAAUCCUAAAGCUCAAGUCCCUUCUUAGUACUAAGAGAGAGCAGAUAGCCACACUCAGACUGGUUCUGAAGGCCAACAAACAGACGGCAGAGGUAGCACUGGCCAACCUAAAGAGCAAGUAUGAGAAUGAAAAGACCAUGGUGACAGAGACGAUGAUGAAGCUGAGGAACGAGCUGAAGGCCCUGAAAGAGGACGCCGCCACAUUCUCCACUCUCAGAGCAAUGUUUGCCACGAGGUGUGAUGAAUAUGUUACCCAGCUCGAUGAGAUGCAGAGGCAACUUGCAGCAGCAGAAGAUGAGAAGAAGACAUUAAACUCUCUCCUGCGUAUGGCCAUCCAACAGAAACUGGCCUUGACCCAACGGCUGGAGGAUCUCGAGUUUGACCAUGAGCAGAUCCAUCGUGGCCGCGGUGCUAAAGUGCCCAAGAUAAAAAGCAACCCCCCAAAAAUUGUCAGCAGCCUGCUGCCUCAGUAUCGUCACACGCCACGCAGCUAAGGCGAGAGAGACUUUCCUUUGCCUACAGGUAACAUGCUGUAGUUCUCGAUCUAGCUACAGCAGGGGUCACCAACCUUCGCGCUUCCUUCUUCUUAGCCAGUACUUAGUACCUAGUUUGAUGCACACUUCUGAAAUAGAUCAUUUGCCCAAAUGACCUUUAGUCAUAUGGAUUCAUUCAUAGUUGUAGUCAUCUAGAUGAAGAUAUACCUGGUGUGUGCAGGAACCAUGUUGGGGACCCCUGAUCUGUCUGUCUGUCUGUCGAGCUAUCAUGGCAGCUGCUGACAGAUCUUCAAGCAUGGAGGUCAACCUUCGUUUCCAACCUUGUUUUGCUGUUGAGUUGCUGUCCUUUGGGAACAUUAGAUAAAGAUAGAUAGAUAUUAGUGUUACUAGUAUAUAUAUAUAUAUAGGAGUAAUAUUUUUCCUGCUUUUGUGAGGACUGCAUGAAUAAUUCCAGACCUAUUUUUGUUUGCAUGGUCAUCGAGCUUUGUCGAUGAAUUAGUCCAAAUUGAGAGACUGGAAACAGAAGGAAAUAAUGGAAUUGUCUCCAUGGGAAGUUAGUUAGUUGAGAUAUGUGAUUCUUUAGUUGUGCAAUUUCAAAUGAAGUGUGUAUAAUACAUAUGAGACUUGUCCACCUUUCAUGCGUGCCAUUCUCGUUCGUUCCCGAAAUGUGCUUUGGGUCCAUUAUCCGUUCCCCUGCUGUACAGCUCUCCAACUGCAUGCAUGUUCUCUGUAAUCACUAUUUGUUGUUUCUGCAUCCUUGCAGUGCGAAAUUUCGUGCUGACCUCCAAGAACACCAAGCGGUUUUGUCCAGCAGCAGGAGCCUGCUUUACUCUCCUUGUGACCUUCGUAACUGCCUGCCCCACCGACCCCAGCCCCCCGGCACAUGACUCCUGCCGAGCGGAAGCGGUGCUCCCAUACUUGGGUCCGCCGUGACCCACAAGUGCUUCCCGGCCCACUGGUUCACUGUGUUGCAAAAGCCGAGGACGAGACAGAGGCAAACACGCGAGAGUGACAAAUCACGUGACUCGUUUCCCCUGUUCGUAUUUAUUAUUAUUAAAUGUUAUUCAUGUUGAUUAUUUAUUUAUUAGAUAUUUAUUACUGAAAUGGUGUUCUUCUCUUGACUGGUCAUUCUUCAACUGUGACGGAAUUUUAUGACACCCAAACAACGCAGUAUUAAUAGGUGGAUUUUAUCAGUGUUAAAUUGAUAAUGUAAUUUUAAAUCAAUAGUACAAUUAGGUUUGCCAUCAAGCGAGCAAAGUCCAUGAGAAGAAUUUCUUGUGGUCAUUUCUGGAUUUAAAGGAUCUUCCUAACCUCACUAGUCUUUCUUUGGAUGCUUGUGGUUUUUAUACUUUUUUUUUUUUUUUUUUUUUUUGCAAAGCAUGACACUUUUACUACAUUAUUAUUAUUAUUUUUUUAAAGUUUAGCACAGCCUCCAGGGACGUGACUUGAUCUGUGCUUAGCUCAGUUUCUCGUUCGAUGAGCGUGCUUGAGAUGAGGGCUGCUGGCCCGAGUUUUUGCACAGGUUCAAGUGACCACGUAGGGACCAGACCACUUUUUUUUUUUUUUUAUAUGUCAACAGUAAUCAAAUAAGGUGUGCCUCUUCUUCAGUUACAUAUUAGUUUGUUAUAUUUAUUUGUCUUUUCAGCAAGAUCUUGGACUGUUUUAUUAUAAGGUUACAAAAUAAAACUUUCGAUGUGAAUUUUGAGUUUUGCUGGGGAACUAACUAGAACUAUUCAAAGUUGUACAUGUAUAAAAGAAUAUAUGGGCAUUGUUUAGAAAUGUGGGUUAAUGCUAUGAACAGGAACAUAUACAAACUUAAAUAUGACAUCCUUAUUUGCCUUCCUGCAACACAUUAUGAUGGUGAUCCGUUUUUCAUCGCUUGCCUCAUUCUUCCUCCACACAGUAUGCAGUACUGUCCAAGCACAACUGAGCACCAUGCAUUCCAGCAAUAUCGAGUCACACCCACCAUGCACAGUCAACCUCAUUCUCGGUCCUACUCCCUUCAUCAUAACGACACUAUCUACCAAGUCGGUUAAACGGAUUGUUUCUUAACUGACUUCUGAUCUGAGACAAGUGACUGGGAUAGCUAGCCUUUUUAAUAUGUUUCUCCUUUUUUUUUUUUUUUUUUUUCAUUUUGUAGCCUCAUGCUGUGUUUAACAUUGAUGUGUCUUCACCACUCAGAACUGAAAUUCUAGAAUGACAUGGAUGAACUAAAGACAGUGCAAUGUUUUUAAAAUGCAUUUCUGAAUGAUUUGGUUCUUGUUGUUUCUCUGUACAUUUGUAAUACUUGUACCCAUGCUGGCUCACUGGUGACCAACCUGUCUUGGUCUGUUUGCACAAUAUAGCAGCAUAGAAGAAGAGAGACUAAAAAUGUUUUUAGAAUAAAAUAGCAAUAUGCUGGAGUUGCAAUAGAUUUUUUUUUUUCUUCUCUCCUCUCUUAAACUGCAUUCAAUUGGUUUCAGAAUUAAAUAAUGGAUUUUUCUUUGGA